CUUUUGCUUUUUACUUACCACAUAACCGACCUUUAAAGGCUUUAAUGAACAACAUUCUUUCUUGAUCGGAUUUUACAACAACAAUUCUACUAUCUCAAAUCAAUUUGCAGGAGUCUGAGAUUCUACUUCUCUUUCUCCUUCUCGUUUUUAAUUUUUCCUUUCCUUUUUGUAUUCAUUAAUCCGCCAUUCUUGAGCUUCAACAUUGGAUUCUUGGAGCUGGAAGUCUGGAACAUGAGCGAAGUGGGGACCGCACUUUCUGAGCGACGCCGGGUAUGAAUCCCACCGCCGCGGAUCCAACCCAGCCGCCGCCGGUUCCCCCAUCUCAGCCGCCGCGAUCCUCCUUCAGCUGCGACCACCACCCAGAUGAGAAGUUCUCCGGCUUUUGCCCAGAAUGCCUCCGCCAACGCCUCACCACCUUAGACCAAUCCUCAUCUAACAACAAUCCUUCAACCUCCCGCCGCAACUCCACCUCCUCCGCCGCCGCCGCCAUCAAAUCCCUCUUCUCCAAGCCCUCGACUUCCUCUGCUUCUCACCUCCCCCCUCCGCCCCCUGGUAAAUCCUCCAGACCCGCCACAUUCAUCCCCGAGCUCCGCCGUACAAAGUCACUGUCCGCUUCAAAGAACGAGUCUUUGAGCCUCUCCGCCGCCGCCGCUUCCGCCGCCGUUGAGCCCCAGCGCAGGUCCUGUGACGUCAGGGGACGUAACACCAUCUUCUCUGUUGAAGAGGGAUUCAAACCUCGCGGCUCCCAAAACCCUCAUUCCAAAGCAAUCGCAGAAGCCAUUAACGGUAGCCAAGAAGCAGAACACAGUCAGCACUCCGGAAACGAUCAAGAAAUCACUGAGCUUCAAGAAACCCAAGCUGAAAACCCAGUUAGAGCAGGCCCGGAUUAUUGGGAGAUCGCCGGAGAAGAGGGUGUGGAAGGCGAUAUACUGAACAAGCCCAUGAAGGACCAUAUUGACCUUGAUUCGCAGACGAAAAAGCCUUCUUCUUCAUCUAGUCUUGCAGGAAGCAUCUUGUCUACUGCACUUUUGAGUAAGAAAUGGCAGAAAUGGAGAAAAAAGCAGAAGCUGAAGAAGCAAGAGAGUAGUAAUAAUGGCAAAAGUUAUGCUGCUUUUCCGGUUGAGAAGUCAGUGUCGAAGAAGCACAACGCAGAGAUCCAACCCGAGAUGGCAGACUAUGGGUUUGGGAGGAGAUCUUGCGACACCGACCCACGAUUUUCCCUGGACGUCUCUAGGAUCAGCUUUGAUGGUCCCAGGUACUCCCUCGAUGAGCCACGGGCUUCUUGUGAUGGGUACUUGAACGGGAGAACAAUCCCAUUCCCAAGGACGAUGGCGCCUAUGGUUUCAGUGGUAGAGGAUGACGCUCCGUUUGUACAUGUUCCACGGGCUGAUACCCAAAUUCCCGUCCUCGAUGAGGACUCGGCUUCUUCUGUAAUGAUGAACUCCACCAGCAGCGACGAGAAAUAUGUGCCUGGUGGUUCUGCUCAGACUAGGGACUACUAUCUCGACUCUUCCACGAGGAGGAGGAAGAGUCUUGACAGGUCCACCUCUAUUAGGAAGACAGCUGCAGCUGUGGUGGCUGAAAUCGACGAUAUCAAAACAGCCCAUUCCUUUCACAGGUCAAAGGGGCCGUUGACAGGCGAGAAGGAUUCACUUACACAUUCAAACUCCAUGAGGGAUGAUGUGUCUGAGACAUUUGAAUUGACAAGCUCAAAAGAUAGCUCGUCUAUGAUCGGGGGUGCAGAUGGAACGAAGAAGGGCAUGAAGAAGUCCAAGAAAUGGGCUUGGAAUAUUUUUGGCUUUAUAUAUCGGCGAGGAGGCGGGGAACAAGGAUGAUGAUAAUGAUGAUACUAGAUAUCGAUCCUGGCAAGACCAGCAAGGGGAUAGUAGGAAUGGGAGUGGAGGAGCAGGGGCUAACAGGAAGCUGUUUCGAAGUAAUAGUAGUGUGAGUUGGAGAGACUCGACUAACAAUUUAGGCGCGUUUGAGGCUGCAAGAAAAUCUAGUGCUGAGAUGAAUAGCGGGAAUGGGAAAGUGAGGAAGGAUGAGUUUGUGUUUGGAAGGAACAGGAGUGCAUGCUAUUAUACCAACCGCUUUGAGAAUGGACUUAAGCCAGUCUUGACUUGACGACAUAUGUCUGAGGAAGUCGAUGAAGUUGUUCCACCAUGAAGGAAACAAAAGCAGCACAAAUCGGCUCGAAAACAAAUGUUGGAAGUGGCACUCAGUUAUAGUGAGCUCCUAAGGUGUUUUAGUUGUUACACAGUCUUUGGUUAAUUUAAUGCUUGUUUCUGCGGUUGCUAUGUGUAUUCAACCAUACACACAGUUUUCUUGAUGUUUGGUUGCUCAUCACACGGCAAUUUCUAUCUGCAAUUCCACUUUUGAAUUUACAUUAUAAUAACAGCAAAACUUAUUUUGCCUUCAUGACAAUCGGUUUACAUCUUACUUCCUUUCUGUUUUUAGCUGUGAUGAUUUUCUGUUUCUUGUAUUUGUAUAAGUGAAUGGUUGCUGUUAGCAUUACCACCAAGAUACUAC